UCCUUCACACACACGCAACCUCUUCCGCCCGGAACUACGGUUGUCAUUUGUGUGGCACGUGAAAUACAACGCUGUUUCUGCAUACUAUAUUCUGCAAAUGUUUGAAUGAAUUGGACGUCACUGGGUGGCUUAAAUUGAUGCGAGGAAUAAUUUAGAAGUACUGUUUUCAUUUAAUAUCGUUUCGCUCUGAUAUAUGAGCUCCGCUCUCAGGAUUCGCUAUGGUGCAUACAAGUCUGGAUAGGAUCAUUGCACUGCAAAAAAAACCUGCCAAUAUUAGAAACCUUUGCAUCUUGGCACAUGUUGACCACGGUAAAACUACUCUUGCGGAUUGCUUAGUGGCAAGCAAUGGUAUCAUAUCAACUCGUCAGGCAGGGAAGCUAAGAUAUCUUGACAGCAGAGAGGAUGAGCAGAUCAGAGGAAUUACCAUGAAGUCCAGUGCCAUCUCUCUUCAUUAUCAAGAAGGUGAUAGAGAAUACUUACUGAAUUUGAUUGACUCUCCGGGGCACGUUGACUUCUCUUCUGAGGUUUCCACUGCUGUCCGGCUGUGUGAUGGUGCCAUUGUUGUUGUUGAUGCUGUAGAGGGAGUAUGCCCGCAGACUCAAGUCGUGCUGAGGCAGGCAUGGUUGGAGAACAUAAGGCCUGUUCUGGUUAUUAAUAAAAUAGAUCGACUUAUCAUGGAGCUCAAGCUUACCCCUCAGGAAGCUUAUGCCCAUUUGCAAAAGAUCAUGGAACAGGUUAAUGCGGUGACGGGAACCUUGUUCACAUCCAGAGUGAUGGAAGGGCAAGCGGAGAAAACAAAAGAGGAGAAAAGGAAUGAGUCACCAAAUGGAGAUCAAGUCUAUGACUGGAGUGCUGGGCUGGAAGAGGUUGAUGAUUCUCAUCUCUACUUCUCUCCUGACCAAGGGAAUGUGGUCUUUGCAAGUGCUAUUGAUGGGUGGGGCCUGAGCAUCCAACAUUUUGCCCAAAUAUACAGUGAAAAGAUGGGAAUUAAUCCACAGGUACUUCUCAAAACUCUUUGGGGAGAUUUCUAUCUCAAUACAAAAGUUAAGAAGAUCAUGAAAGGAGCUCAGGCCAAAGGCAAGAAACCACUGUUUGUUCAGCUUGUUCUGGAUAACAUUUGGAGUUUAUAUGAAGCUGUCGUUACCCGUAGAGACAAGGAGAAGGUUGAGAAGGUGCUGGCAUCUCUUGGUAUCAAGGUGAUGGCGAGGGAUUUUCGCCACUCUGACCCCAAAGUCCUUCUGUCUGCUAUAUGCAGCCAAUGGUUACCAGUGUCUCAAGCUGUCCUCUGUAUCCUUCUUUAUUGUGUAAUUCUUUUCUCAUUGUUUGUCAGAUUGUAUUACUAUUAUUUUGGAUUAUUCUUUGACGCUGCUAUAGCAAUGGUGUGUAACAAGCUUCCUAGUCCAUUGGACAUUACAGCAGAGAGGGUGGAGAAUCUGAUGAGUGUAGGAGUGCGGCGAUUUGACACCUUGCCUGCGAGAACACAAGAACUAAAAAAUGCAUUUCUCCAGUGUUCAAGUGAUGGAGACGCCCCUGUUAUUGUUUUUGUGUCCAAAAUGUUUGUUGUAGACGCAAAAGCUUUGCCUCAGAACAAACAAAGACCUUUGACUCAGGCAGAGAUUGCCCAGCGUAGUGAACUGGCAAGGCAAAGGCAUGCUGAAAGGAUGGCAGCAGGACAGAUGGGAACAGUAAAUCAACAAAACCAAUCACUGAAUGCUCCUUCAGAUGUUCAGUCAGGAGGACUCUGCAAAGGCAAAUUGGAUGAAUUGGACACCCAAGUGGUGAAGGAGGACAAAACAGGGGAGCAAAACGAGACCUUCAUAGCAUUUGCUCGGGUGUACAGCGGAGUGGUGAGGAAAGGACAACGAAUAUUCAUUCUUGGACCAAAGUACGAUCCUGCCCAGGGUCUGACCAUGCUACCAGAGCAGUGCAGUGCUUCUGACAGUUUGCCAGCGGUGCCUCAUCUGUCCUGUUGUUCCAUUGAAAAUGUUUACCUGCUCAUGGGUCGAGAACUGGAAGAGCUAGAAGAGGUGCCCUCUGGCAAUGUGCUAGGUCUGAAAGGUCUGGAAGAUUUUAUUUUGAAAUCAGCUACUGUGUCUUCCACUCCUGCUUGCCCACCCUUCACCCCACUCAACUUUGAGGCGUCACCCAUUGUACGCGUUGCCGUAGAACCAAAACACCCAGGUGAGAUGCCAAAACUGGUGCAUGGAAUGCGUUUGUUGAACCAAGCAGACCCAUGUGCUGAAGUGCUAAUCCAGGAAACAGGCGAACAUGUUUUGGUCACUGCUGGAGAGGUUCAUCUCCAACGCUGCCUGGAUGACCUCAAGGACAGGUUUGCUAAAAUCGAGAUCAGCGCAUCUAAGCCAAUCAUUCCCUUCCGAGAGACAGUGGUGCGCCCUCCGAAAGUGGACAUGGUGAAUGAAGAGCUUGGCAAGCAGGAAAAAGUGGCUGUCAUUCAUCAGGUUAAAGAGGAAGGCUCUCGUGUUCGUUCUUCAGAGACGCUUCAUGUCGACAGUAGCGGUUUGGUCACCAUCACCACCCCCAGUAAACAUGCCACAGUCAGCGUCCGUGCAAUCCCCUUGCCGCAGGAGGUAACUUGUCUUCUGGAGGACAACUCAGAACUAAUUCGGACUGUAGAACAAGUCAACAUGUCGUUGAGGGAGGGUAGGAAUCUAGACAUUAGUGUGAGAACCUUGGAAGCCAUUGCUGACCUCAAGACCAAACUGGAGAGCAUGCUCCAAGGAAGGAAGUGGAGAAAUGCUGUGCAUCAGAUCUGGGCAUUUGGACCUCGCAGGUGUGGCCCGAACAUUCUACUAAACAAGCUUGUGGAUUAUCAGCGCCCAUCUCUGUGGCAGUGUCUUUGUCGAGAAGAUAAAUCUGGGGGAGAUAGAGCUCAGAUACCAAGUAUACGGGAGUUUGACAAUAGCAUUGUCAGUGGCUUCCAGUUAGCAACGCUGUCUGGGCCGAUGUGUGAAGAGCCUCUAAUGGGGGUCUGCUUCUCCAUUGAGAGAUGGGAUAUACAGCCUCCCAACUUGGCACAGCAAGAUAACAUGGAGAGAAAUGCAAAAUUUCAAGAGGCUUUGGAAGAACGCAGAGCUUUAGAAAGCACUGAUGCAUUGGAGGUCUCUCCCUCUGAGUCAAGCCAAGCUAAGUGUCGGGAAGAGACUUCUGCUGCAGACUGCUACGGACCCGUCUCAGGUCAACUCAUUGCUGCCGUGAAGGAGGCAUGCCGCCACGCGUUCCAAGCUCAGCCCCAAAGACUUAUGGCUGCGAUGUAUACUUGUGAAAUCAUGGCCACUGCAGAGGUUCUGGGCCGAGUAUAUGCUGUGCUUGGGAAGCGAGAGGGCCGCGUUGUCCAUGAAGAAAUGAAGGAAGGAACAGAAAUAUUCAUCAUAAAGGCUGUUCUGCCUGUAGCUGAGAGUUUUGGUUUUGCAGAUGAAAUUCGCAAGAGGACUAGUGGACUAGCCAGUCCACAGAUGGUCUUCAGUCACUGGCAGGUGGUCAGUAGCGAUCCAUACUGGGUUCCCACCACAGAGGAAGAAUAUCUGCACUUUGGAGAAAAGGCAGACUCAACUAACCAGGCACUCAAAUACAUGAACGCCGUCCGCCGCCGAAAGGGCCUUUAUGUGGAGGAGAAGAUAGUUGAACAUGCAGAAAAGCAACGAACCCUAAGCAAGAACAAAUAGAUCUACAAAACGCAUUAUUUCUCGAAGAUAUGACACAGAAUCUGCUGGACAACUUUUUGUUACCCCACAAAGGUUGGAUUUCACCCAAUUAAAGACAUAUUUUUAUUGGACUCUCUUUAAAAGUUUAUAUCUAAAUAACAUUGUUUUGCAACAGGGACUGUAAAGUCAUUUUGAUUUUUUUCUCUAAGUACAUUUCAAGGAGCCAUGUGUAACAAUUGGACUUAUUAUUGAAAUGGCCCUAGUAUUUUAAUUGAAAUUAAACAUGUUGUUUAGAAAUACUUUGAACACGGUUCUCAUUGCUUAAAUCGAGAUUUUCGCAUUUUAAAAGUCGAUACUCUGCUCGUUUUAUUGUUUUGAUUCCAUGUUUAGAAAGGAUGAUUUCCCCUCCACCAAUUGGCCUAUUAAGAGAUCAGGUUAAGGAUGUUAAUGUUAAUGAUAGAUUCUGAAUCUCAAAUGAAUGAAUCUCAAUCUCAAUUGAGUCGACAAGGAUAUGCAUUAGACUUGCCUUCGCUCAAUGGAGACAACUGAAAAGGAAAAGAGAAAACAGACGACACGGUGUCGACGUACCCCAAUUUUCCGCAUAAGCCGGAUUUCACCGUUAACGUAAAAAUAACUAAAAUAAAAAUAUAAGAUGAUGUACUUACCAUUACUGCUGGGAUGUGGAUGGAGAUUUCGGGGUUUUCAAUUAUUUGUUUGCAACCGAAAGCAGGGAGCACAACUACGGUGACGGCAACCAAACGAUACCAAAGCAGCAUUCUCGCUCCGGCCAGCCCACCCACUAUUCAUUGCCGGUGCGGUGCAUUUGGGGACAGCGUGCGCUGAUAUCAACUACGCAUCCAGGUUGUUUCGGCGGAUGGAUAUACACAAAUCAGUCGAGGAAACCUUGAUAAACGUUUUUUUU